GGGAGAAGUACUGAUGCGGAGUUAUACGAGAAGUGAGGUAAUCUCCACGAAAGUGUCAACCAAAGCCAACUGGUCACAGUGACGGGAAUCGGAAGAGCUCUUAUUUUUUAUAUUCUCUGAGAGUCCCCAGGAGCAUUCCCACUGCCACCUCCCCAUCAUCAGCAGUGACAGAAGCACCCCCGCUCAUUGGCCAACGAGCUUUGUGUCUCUUUCUGUCUGUCUGUCACACCCACCUUGCUGCCAUGGCACCCACGCUGGCCACGGCCUUCGCCCGCCGGUGGUGGAUGGCGAUCACUGCCGUUGUGGAGAACCUGCUGUUCUCCGCCGUGCUCCUGGGCUGGGGCUCCCUGCUCAUCAUGCUGAAGUCUGAGGGCUUCUACUCCUACCUCUGCGAAGAGCCCGGGAACAGCUCGGUUCAGAACCACACCCAGCCGAAGCCUUCCGCAGUGACCGUGGAUCCGGACUACCAGGACUACUACGGUGAGGAGACGGAGGCCACGCCCGGCCACACCGACGAGGUCCUGCGCAUGAACGGCUGGCUCAUCUGCAAGGAGCAGGACGAGAUACUGAACCUGGCCUUCACCAUGGGCUCCUUCCUGCUCAGCGCCAUCACCCUGCCCCUGGGCAUCGUCAUGGACAAAUACGGGCCCCGCAUGCUCAGGCUGCUCGGGAGUGCCUGUUUUGGCCUCUCCUGCCUGUUGAUUGCCUAUGGAGCCAAUGACCCAGACAAUAUGUCUGUCCUCAUCUUCAUCGCUCUGGCCCUGAAUGGCUUCGGAGGCAUGUGCCUGACCUUCACAUCUCUGACGCUACCCAACAUGUUUGGUGACCUCCGGUCCACUUUCAUCGCUCUGAUGAUCGGUUCUUACGCCUCCUCCGCUGUCACCUUCCCUGGCGUCAAGGUGAUCUACGACCUUGGCGUGAGCUUCAUCACCAUCCUGGUCGUCUGGACAGGCGGUGCCGGCCUCGUCUUCAUCAACUGCUUCCUCAAUUGGCCAUUGGAGCCUUUCCCAGGACCCGAGGACAUGGACUACACUGUGAAGAUCAAGUUCAGCUGGCUGGGCUUUGACCACAAGAUCACCGGGAAGCAGUUCUACCGGCAGGUGACCACCGUGGGGCAGCGUCUGAGUUCGGGGAACUCCAUAAAGCACAAGGAGCUGACCUCACAGGACGGCAACAAGCUCUGCCUGUCCACCAUGGACCUGGAGCUCAAGUGCAAGACCGACGAGGAAUCUCCCUCCUUCAUGCAGAGUGCCCUAAGCCCUCUGUACCUGCUGUGUUUGCUCACCAUGUCCAUCACCCAGCUCCGCCUCAUCUUUUACAUGGGAGCCAUGAACAGCAUCCUGGAGUCCCUGUCAGACGGAGACCUCGACACAGUGGAGAAAAUGGAAGUGGUGAGUCUGUACUCCUCCAUCUUUGGAAUUCUGCAGCUCCUCUGUCUCAUGACCACCCCAGCGAUUGGCUGCAUCAUGGACUGGAAGCUGAAGGACUGUGAUGAUGGGGAAGCGAAUGAGAAGGAAGUCAAACCGGGUCAGCCACCGCCCAAGCGCAGAGACCGUCAGGUCCAGAAGGUCACCAACGCCACUCGGGCAUUUUUCCUCACCAACCUGCUGCUGGUGGGCUUUGGGGUCACCUGCCUGGUGCCCAACCUUCCCCUUCAGAUUCUGUCUUUCAUCCUGCACACGAUUGUUCGAGGGUUCCUCCACUCCGCCGCCGGCGGGCUGUAUGCUGCUGUGUACCCGUCCUCCCAGUUCGGCAGUCUGACAGGACUGCACUCCCUGGUCAGCGCCCUCUUUGCUCUACUGCAGCAGCCUCUCUUCAUGGCCAUGAUGGGCCCACUGAAGGGAGACCCACUCUGGGUGGAUGUGGGCCUGCUUGGGCUCAGUUUAUUUGGCUUCUGCCUGCCCCUCUACUUGAUCUGCUUCCGCAACCAGCUCGUCCGCAAGAGGCACCAGCAGGACGAGGAUGCCAAGAUCUACCUGAAGAUCAACGGCAGCAGCAGUCCAGAGGCCUUCAUAUAGAGAGGAGGAAAGAGAGGGGGGGAGAGAGAGAGGGAGGAGGAUGGGGGAGAGUAGCUCUAACUGUGACUUUAUGUCCUUUCUCAGAUUUUUUUAGCCUUAUUCAAUUGUAGAUGUACAUCACCUCUCGUAGAACAACACUACUGAGAAACAAAUGUGUUCACAUGCACACAUACUGACAUGAACACGUACACAUGCACACACACAUACACAUACGCUCACAUACAUGCACACACACACAUUCACACACAUGCACACACACAUACACGCACAUGUACACACUCGCACACGCACACACUCACACAGGAGCUCACACAGUCCCCAUAACGCAGUCUGCAUUUAUCCUGCUCAUCCUGAGAACUCAAAAAGUCACACUUACACACACUCAUACGCGCCACAUAUUCAUGCGCAGACACGCACACACACACACACACACACACACACACACACAUACCAGCCUGCCUGGCGUGAGGCAGCAGAAGGACUGAUAAUGCUGUUGUCAUGGAGACUGACACUUAAGAUGUGGGAUGGAGAGGAGAAGAGAGACUUUUUCUCUUCUCACCUCCGUGCAUUUCUUUGUCGGGCUGUUCCAUGCCACCAAGACUACUGAAGAACCAGCAGAGCAUUUCCUCAAAAGGCCUGAAAAGGAAAAACCAGAGAAUGCCUUCAAUUAUAUCCCUUUUUGAGGAUUCAGGAGUAUUCUUCACUGCCAGUGUUUUUAAAGGUCCAAUGUCUUUAUUUUCAUAGUUUUUUUUAUUUAUUUUUUUUGCUUCUUCUAGUUUGUAAUGCUCACUAGUGUUCACCAGCCACACACAACGCUGUGACCCCUGCUGUCAUUAUGGGAGACGGACUGGCAUGCGCUCUCCUCUGAAACUUGAGGUCAAGCCACUGCUUCUUAUCACACCGCAGUCCCAAAGCUGAAGAGGCAGGAGCGGGGGAAAGACGCUUAACGUGCAGCUUGAGCGAUCACACUGUGGGUGCCUGAUUGACCAGCAGGGGUCGCUGGUGAGCAACGAAUCACCAUCAUCUUGACCGACUGAAUCCCUCCCUACCCCCCCCGUGGACCACUGGCCCCCAGUCAGCACUGGCACCGUCCUGAUUUGAUACCAGGCUGCAUGGCUCCUCCACACACCGGAACAGUGCCUUAACAGGAUGAGCUACCUGGCAACCAUGUUUUUUCCUGCCAUUUUAACCCAAGAUAAAGAAGACUGAUGGAGAGACUGAACCGUCCUGUGAGGAUGAUCCUCAUUUCAAUGUCAUUUCACUCAAUGCUUACUAGCAUUUUUUUUUUUACUAGUGGUGAUCUGUUAAAGGGGUUUUCUAAAAUUAUUUAUUUUCAUGGUCACAAGUCACAUGGCACUCAUUUUGUCUCACAGAUUAGGUUAAAUGAAUCAAUGUGUAAUACAGUGGUUAUGUUUGGGGUUUUUUUUUUGAUGCCCCAAACAUAAAAAAACUAUCUUAUCACUUUUAAUGGUGCUAAAUAAUUGUAACAAUUAAAAAUAAUAAUGAAUUAGAUGUAGAUGAUGGUUUUUCUAAGGAGUUGAUGAAUGAGAUCCCCAGCCAUGGAGAUGGAGUGAGUUUGUGAGUCCUGAGUCCAACCAGCUGUCAGUUUAAACCAGUUUAAACUCACCAUGACACACAGGGGUGCCGUCCACCACCUCCUGACGGAGACCAAUUGGCCGCACACAUGCAGUAAAGUGCCAACUUGGUGCCUGCUUGUCAACCACUGUUGUGCCUGUUUGUAAAAUGCUGCCAGGCAGACAGCUGGCACCGGCUGCGGUGCAAUAGUUGCCUGGUUGCUGGGGAGAGAAGCCGUCCCGAAGGUGUGAACUGGUGAAUCCAGAUGAAGGCCUCACACACAAAGAUUUCAGGUAUGGCGUAACGUCUGGUUGGAGUGGCAAUUCCCUGUAAUAGCGUCCGUGUGUUCAGGCCACACGUACCCCCUUGCACGCACUGCCAGGUUCCCAUCCAGCCAGUGAAAGCACGAUGCCUAGCAGCUACCCGCUGGCAGCCCGCCGUUGGCGCAGCUGUGCCACCCCCAGUGUCUGACAAACGGGCACUAUGCGGUCUGUUAACGAGGCAGUCGCCAUGACGGUCCGCUGUUAAAAGAACAGACAAUGAUUACGGAGCGGACCUGCCACCAGAGCGCUGCUAUUGCACCGAUUUGCGAAACACUGGUGGACCAGAAGCUGGUGCUGCCAGUGGGCCGACAGGUACUGCUGGCUCAUACUCUUGCCGGGCAGUGUUCCAGCUCUAGCAUCUCUUCCUACACUUAAUUUGUGGAUAGGGAACGAGAAAGGGAUGGGGGGGGGGGGG